AUGGUCUACGGCAUCUGCUACUGCCCUGUGUCCCGGCUGGAGGAGCUGCAGGCACUGAAGGUGGCAGACUCAAAGACGCUGUCGGAGGCAGAGCGGGAGCAGCUCUUUGAACUCCUGGAUGGUGCCAAGGAGUUUGUUGGCUGGGCCCUGCAUGUGCUGUCCCCGGACUUCAUCUCCACCAGCAUGCAGCAGCGGGCCAAGUACAACCUCAAUGCACUGUCCCAUGACACAGCCAUUGGCCUGGUGCAGCACGCGCUGGAUGCCGGGGUCCAGGUGACAGAGGUCUUUGUGGACACGGUGGGGCCAGCUGACAAGUACCAGGAGAAGCUGCAGCAGCGGUUCCCUGAGCUGGAGGUGACUGUUCGAGCCAAGGCUGAUGCCCUCUUCCCCAUUGUCAGCGCUGCCAGCAUCUGUGCCAAGGUAGCAAGAGAUCGGGCUGUGAAGAGCUGGAAGUUUGUGGAGGAUCUGGAUGACACGAGCCUGGACUAUGGGUCGGGGUAUCCCAAUGACCCCAAGACAAAGGCAUGGCUAAUGCAGACCCUGGACCCCAUCUUUGGGUACCCACAGUUUGUGCGGAUCAGCUGGAGCACGGCCCAGACCCUGCUGGACAGCCAUGCUGUGCCUGUGCACUGGGAUUAUGAUGAUGGGGAUGCUGCCCCCACACCAGGCACCCCCUCGUUGCUGUCCUACUUUGCCCGCCCAGCACCCACCCCACACCAGCCCCAUCGCUACUUCCACGAGCGCUGCCUCAAACCCCUCAGUGGCCUGUAG